UUCAAAAACACUUUCAGCUCUUUCUCUAGCUAAGUUUCGGCAUGGCUCAACAACAACAGUUACGCAAUGUAGAUCGUAAAAUAUGGAAAGAAUUUGCAGGAAGUUCUUUCACAGUUCCGAAACUCCAUUCUAAAGUUUAUUAUUUUCCUUUUGGUCAUUUGGAACACUCUCCUAUAACCCUUAGCACUCAAACACUCUCCCUCCUCCGCCCAUUCAUUCUUUGCACUGUCUCCUCUGUUGAUUUCCUGGCAGAUCCUGAAACUGAUCAAAUCUUUGCAAAACUACUCCUCACUCCAGUUCUUGACUCAACUAUUGUUGUUCCUGUCGAGGCUUCUACUGAAGAAGACAAUGGUGACGAUCAUGUUGUUUCCUGUGCCAAGACUCUGACUAAUUCUGAUGCUAACAAUGGAGGUGCAUUCUCUGUACCUCGGGCCUGUGCCAAAUCCAUCUUUCCGCCUCUUGACUUCGCAACUCCAUUUCCUUCUCAACAACUCUCCGUCACAGAUGUUUGCGGUGUUGUAUGGACCUUUUGCCUCGUCUAUCGCGGGAAUCCCAAGCGAUACCUGUUCACCACCGGCUGGAGUGCAUUUGUUGACAAGAAGCAACUCGUCGGCGGGGAUACCAUUGUUUUCAUUAAAAACUCAGCUAGAAAGAUAUUUGUUGGAAUUCGUCGAAAAAAUAUGUUUGCCGCUGCUAUUAAAAUAACAGAAAAAACAGUUAUGAAUGCAGUAGAAUUGGCUGGGAAGAACACACCAUUUGAAGUAGUGUGUUAUGCAACGGUUGAUGGUUUUGAUUUUGUGGUGGGAGAUAAAGUUGUGGAGGAUGCAAUGAAGUUUGAUUGGAAUCCUGGAAUGAGAGUCACACACACAGUUAAGGGAUGCUCAAUUUUUCAUGGGACAAUAUCUGCCAUCUUUCCGUCUAAAUCUCAUCCAUGGCGCAUGCUAGAGGUUGAAUGGGAUGAACCCGAAGUCUCGGAGAAUUUAAAGCAUAUAAGUCCGUGGCAUGUUGAACCUGAUUUUAGCAUACCUGAACUACAUCAAUUACUCCCCUCAACAAAACGAAUAAGAGUUGCUCAAAGGGUUGACUUAUUAAGUGAUACCGAAAACAUUUCUUCUAUUUCAAUGGAACCCUUGAACCAAACACUGUUGAAUUUUGAUGGCAUCCCGGGAGUCAGGCAAAAUCAUUUUCCUGGAUCCAUUUCCUCCAACUCUUUGAAAGAUACUUCAUUUGAGAAAAUUUCAAUGGAAGGGUUAGACAAUAUGUCAAUCGAGCUAAACACUACAAGUCAUAAAUCUGAUAAUCAUAGUAUUUUGAACUACUCUGGAGCAAACUUAACUGAUAUCCACAACACCAACACUGAAAAACCUAUGUCUGAUUUUAUAAUAUUAUUUGGUCAGAUUGUGCGCCCGGCUAAAAAAAGUUUGGAUGAUUCUGCUAUUAACUUAAUUGAUGGUCGUGAGAAGCGAAAUGAAGUUGAAGAUAAUGUCAAAUCUGUUGAGAAAAAAUAG